UUUCUCUGCAAACCUCUGCUCAUCUUCCUCAUCCGCCAUCACAUUCUCUCAUCCUUCAUCGUGCCCUAAGCUCUUAAAUCCCCAUCUCCUUCCUCAAACAUCUAUUCUCUCUCUCUCUCUCUCUCUCUCUCUCUCUUUGUGCACUUCUCUCGUCUGGUGCAAAAGCUACAAGCAAUCCUCUCUCUGCAAUUCUGCAAAAGCUGUUAUCCUUUGUGCCCACAGAUUUUCAAUGGCACCCGUUGGUUUCUUUGGUGUUUUGGAUGAGACGAGAAGGAUCAUCCACGCUCAUUCCAGGCAUUUUCUCGGCCUCUCAGUCCUCUUCCUCCUCCCCAUCUCUUUCCUCUCUGUCGCCUCCCCCACCUUCAAAUCCUCUUUUAUUGAUGAGAACCCUAACGACAAUCAGCCACACCAGCGAGUGGAGGAGCUUCUCAGAAGAGGGGCAGAAGGAUUCUCUCCUGGAAAUGGUGGAAUUCUGAUCAAAUCUGUGGUAUUUUACCUUGUGUACACUGCUCUUUUAAUGGUCCUCAACAUCUGCGCGACCUCGACUAUAGUUUGUAGCAUCAAUAAUGGCUUCUUUGGGCGCCCUGUCAAAUUUUUGGAUGCAAUAGCUUCGAUCCCGUCUUCAUCGUGGCGCCUCUUCCUCACCAUCCUCUCCAUGAAUGCUAUUAUUAUGGGAAGUUUCUUGUUGAUUGGGGUGGCCCUCGCUUUGGUCCUUCAAGCUUUCUCUGCUCUGGGUUUCCAAUUCAGUUCUCCACCAAUAACAGCACCAUUCAUCAUCGCCUUCUCGGUUAUGGCAGUUUUGGGAGGCCUCUAUGUUCAGGUGAAUUGGGCUGUUGCUUUUGUUAUAGCAGUCGUCGAGGGCAGUUGGGGCAUCGAACCAUUGAGACGAAGCGCUUAUCUCAUGAAAGGCAUGAGGACUGUUCCUCUGUUUCUCACACUGUUCUUCUCUCUUGGAGGCCUUGUUUUGUGGUGGGUUUCGGUUGAUUGGUUGGACUUACAAUCCAAUUUCUCAAAGGAUCCAUGGAAUUUUCCUCAUAAGAUUGCUAUGAGUGUCCUUGUCUUGGCGUCCAUGACUGUGUUGCUUCUUUAUGGGUUCGGGUCGAUUGCAGUGUUGUACCUCUAUUCGAAGGCUCUCCAUAACGAGCUCGCGAGUGCCAUUGUCAAGGAGUUCUCUCAGGAAUAUAUGAGCUUGCCAUUUGAUGAGCAUAAGGUUCCCCAUGUUGUAACAGUGGUUUAAGAAUUGUUAUGACUUGUGCUCCAAUUUUUUUGGCUCGCAUAAGGUAGAGUUUCGUAGUGAGGAUGAUUCAUGCCCAAGCAGCUUACUUUGGUUUAUCAGUAAAUUGUAUGGUCAUGAAAAGUAUGUAAAUUAAAUGGACAAAAUGGUUUGUGAAUUGAAGGAUAUUGGGCUAGAUGUCUAUGCAAUUUGUGAUUUUGGCUUAAUAAAAUUUCACUUUAAUGUCCUU